AUGUUCUUUCAAGGUGACCUUCAAAGCGGCAUCUUAUCGGCCCUUCAAUCCUCUAAGCUGGUCGCGUGUUUGGUUACAGAUGCCGGUCAGGAGAGUGAGCUUUGGGUGAAUGAGUUCCUGCAAGGUGAAGAGAUAAGUACUAGGCUACAAGAAUCAGCCGUGCUACUUCGCCUUGAAGCAGGUUCUCAGGAGGCUAGUUAUCUUUCAGUGUUCUGUGCAAUUGACCAUGUUCCUACUUUGGUUAUCAUUCACAACGGGCGUCUCCAGGAAGUUCUAUCAGUUGGCAUAUCCAGACAGGAGUUUGUUGAGCGUAUAAGAAAAGUCUUGACCAACUAUCGGUCAGAAAAUACAGAGGAAAGUGAUCUUCCCACUGCCGACUCAGCCCCUAGUGGUGAUCUCAGUAACCAUCCGCCGCGUGACGCAUCGUCAGUUUUGAGUGCCCCAGAUCCUUCACGGGGACGUGCCAUGCCGUCAACCGAAACAAGCGGCAGCAAGGACCAGCAAACGGAUUCUAAUCAAAGCAUUCCGAAAAGGACCCCUCAAAGCCACCAAGAAGCGAGUAGGAAAUCGAAGGAUGGAGACCUCAAGUAUGCCGAAGAACAACGGAAACUUCGUGCAAAAGCGGAGGAGGAAAGGAAGAGAGUUCUAUUGCUAGUAGAGAACGAUAGGUCAGAGAGAAGAGAUCGGCGCCAACAACAAGAGAAGUUACGAUUAAAUAAAGAAAAUGAGGAAGGCAUCUCACAUGGUCAAUCUGAGGGAAAGUCUACAAAUGCCACAUUAGUUCCAGAUACAGGAACGUGCGCGCUUCAGGUUCGACUUCUAGAUGGGAGCACAAUACGGUCGCGCUUUUCAGUGAACAGUACUCUCCGUACUGAGGUUCGCAGAUGGGUCGAUGAGGAAAGAAUAGAUGGCGAUACGCCUUAUUCGUUCAAAGUGAUCAGGGCACCUUUUCCAAAUCGGUCCAUAUCGAUUACAGAGGAGGAGGAAUCUCUGCGGAGCCUUGAUCUAGUUCCCAGCGCAACCUUAGUGUUAACGGCAGUCCAAAAAUUCUCAGACGCAUACGAUAGUGCUUCGAGAUCACUGUUGUCCCGUGGUUUCAAUGCUGGCUACGGCGUUAUGGCAUCCGGCUUUGGUUUUGUUGCGGGUACCUUUGGCGGCUUGAUUGGGACUCAGAGACCGUCCGGUCACGGAGACGAGGCAACUGUCCGACCAGCCGCUCCAGAUGACAGCUCACAAGAGAUAGGAACACGCAGUGUUGCGCAUCAAAAUAUUCGUACGCUUAGAACUCAAUCUAGCAAUCGCGAAGAUGCUCAACUGUAUAAUGGAAAUCAGCUCAAUUUCGAACCACAAAAGAAGGACGAUUAA